AGCGGAAGUGUCAGGGAGAGCGGAAGUGGUACUGCCCUGAAUAUCCCGAGCAACGAAACGGAGGACAGCUUGAUACUCCAGUCGUUCAGAGAAAAAAAAGGAUUCCAAAUACAUUUUAAAUUUUCGCCAUGGACAAGAGCGACCUGGUACAGAAGGCAAAGCUGGCCGAGCAGGCCGAGCGCUAUGACGACAUGGCGGCGGCGAUGAAGUCGGUGACGGAGCAGGGCGUGGAGCUCUCCAACGAGGAGCGCAACCUGCUGUCGGUGGCCUACAAGAACGUGGUGGGCGCCCGUCGCUCCUCCUGGCGCGUCAUCUCCAGCAUCGAGCAGAAGACAGAGGGCAACGAGAAGAAACAGCAGAUGGCCAAGGAGUACCGCGAGAAGAUCGAGGCUGAGCUGCAGGACAUCUGCAACGAUGUGCUGGGACUUCUCGACAAUUUCCUCAUUGCCAAUGCUAGCCAGGCAGAAAGCAAAGUCUUCUACCUGAAAAUGAAAGGCGAUUACUACAGAUAUCUCUCCGAGGUUGCGUCUGGGGACUCAAAGAAAACCACAGUGGAGAACUCCCAGCAGGCCUACCAGGAGGCUUUUGAGAUCAGCAAGAAGGAGAUGCAGCCAACACACCCCAUCCGGCUGGGCUUAGCUCUCAACUUCUCCGUCUUCUACUAUGAAAUCCUCAAUUCCCCAGAGCAGGCUUGCAGUUUGGCAAAGACGGCUUUCGACGAGGCGAUUGCCGAGCUUGAUACCCUGAAUGAGGAUUCCUACAAAGACAGCACUCUGAUCAUGCAGCUACUAAGGGACAACCUCACUCUGUGGACAUCGGAAAACCAGGGCGACGAGGGGGAUGCCGGAGAAGGGGAGAACUAAAAAAAAGGCGUUGCACUUCACUGUUAAUCCACCCACACUCUAUCUUACACAUACACAGCCCAUACAUCCCUGCUCCAUCUGCCCCCUCCACCCACCAUCCUUUUCUGUAUGACGAGCAGCAUGAAUUGUACCUGGCCUACCGACGGUGCCCUUCUCAGAGAAGUUUCCCCAGGUUGACAGGGUUGAUGUUCAGUCGUUGGCAAGCCAAGUCUUGUGUGUGUGAAGAGGAAAAAAAAAAGAAAAGAAAAUAAUUUACCCAGUCGAGUAGUGAGGCCAUUUUUGUCCCCACCCGAUCCCUCAUAACAUUUUUAAAAAGGUAUAUGUUCUUUCACCUUGCAAGUUAUGCAUUCUAGUACCUCCUUUUUGCUUUCCUAGUGUACUGGCGUUUGCUGGUUUUAUUCAAAGGUUAUUAAACUGUCAGUUUAAUUUAACAAA